UCAUUUUAACGGAUUCCUGCCAAAUCGGAGCGGCAGGCGCCCGGCAGGUCUGGGCUGCCACCACCAGCAAGAUGCCUGCCGUCUCUAUCCUUUACAAGGGAGCCAUCAUCAUCAGCAGGACACUCAUGGGACCGUAUGGGAUGGAUCGAACCGCGCAUUGCUUUGAUUUCUACGACUGCGCAAACGGUCUGGGUAUUAAGGUAAUCGGUGGCAUCAAGGAACUCACCGGAGAAGAAUAUGGAGUUUAUGUCAAGAGGAUCCUUCCAGGGGGUGUUGCUUAUGCAGAUGGGCGCCUGCAGCCAGGAGACCAGAUCCUGGAGGUCAAUGGAGAUUCCUUAAUUGGGGUUACAAGCGAGAGGGCCGUGGACAUCCUGAGGACAGCGUCAGCCACCAGCCACAUGCGCCUUCUUAUAGCCCGCGAUGACGACGCCAGGAGAGAGUUCUCUGAGCUGAUGGAGAAGUUCGGCUCCCAGAGCAAUACGGGCUCAGCGCGGAGCUCGCCCAUCCUGCAUGGCGGCAGUCGAUACCUGGAAAGUACAUCCUCGGGCUCCUCCUCGCGCUCUCAGAGCCCUCUGCUGCUGAGCCCCGCCAACUCCCACAGCCCCUGCAUCGGGAACCCGGCGCACCCCUCUCACACACACUACUCCACUGAAUCAGGAAUCCAGAGCAUUUCUAUAGCAAAAUCCUCCGGCUUAGGGCUGACAAUCAGUGGUGGAUCUAACAGGCCUGAUGGCCCCAUGAUUUAUGUUCAAGAGCUUUUGCCAGAUGGUGACUGUUACAAGGAUGGUCGGCUCCGACCUGGUGACCAACUAAUUGCUAUCAAUAAAGAUUCUUUGGUGGGCAGCACACAUGAAGAGGCCAGAAAAAUAAUUGCAAAAGCCAAAUUCAGACAUGAGGAAAACACAGAAGUGGCCUUUAUUCCUGGAAGGGGACGGUUACAUCCUGGACUGUCAGUUCAUAACAACAUCCCAUCGCCACCUCCGAAGGCUGUGGGAAACGGUCUGAGUUCCUGCAGACUGAAGGUGCAUGUGAGGUCCCCAGAGAAUAGACAUGAAAAUAAUUUUCCUGUGCCUUCUUUGUCACCGGACAUUUGCCCACCAGAGCUUACCAUCUCAGCACCUGCUUCGGCAUCUAAUCACAAAGCAGCUUCAGGCACCAAACCAAAAGUAGCGCUGGAUCCCCAUGUCCGGCUCAAGGAUGGGAAACUGGAACUGGUUCUGCAGUAUCUUGGUCUGGAUGUGACUGAUGAGAAGAAGAGGCAGUUACGGCAAAGCUUGACCACAGACUCGCAGGGGACGGUGGCCUACGGAGAUCUUCUCCAAGCGCUCAGGGAUGUGAUGCAGGAGGAGCUGCAGGAGGCUGGUCUGGAUUCCAGCUCCGUGCUCUUCACGCAGCACGAAGUGGCCAGUUUGCUGGAUACGUCGGCUUUUCACUCGCCGACCUUCGACUCUCUCAGCUGUAAUGGCAAUGAGGAGCUGGAGCAGCUGCAGCUGGAAAUGGUGGUUCUGCGGCAAGAAGUCCGACGGCUAAAGUCUCUCCUGAAAGAGGUGGAGAACAGCAAGAAGUCAAUGGAAGAUGAGCUUCAGAGACUGAACCAGAAAGCCCUGGGCUUCCUCUCUGAGAACCGGACGCUGCACAGCAAGCUGCAGAUGGCAGAGGUCGUGCAGAGACAGGCUCACAGCGCAGAGCAGGACUACGAGGAAGUGAUCCACUUGCUGGAAGCUGAAAUUGCAGAACUGAAGAUGCAGUUGGCGGGGAAGAAAGCAAAACACGUCUCUGACAUAGAGGAGGACAUCCUAGAACUGAAAAGACAGUUGUCCCUGGCUGACGGCCAGCUACGAAAAUCAGAAGUCUCACGGAAGCGCCUGGAGAUCUGCAAUAGGAAACUGCUCCUGUUUGUGCAGAACGUCCACAAGGUCCUGAGUGCACCCAGUCAUUUUCCAGAUGAGAAAAGAGUCAACAGUGAAACAGAAGAGGAUAAAACAGACGCAGUCUCAGAUACAUCUCUUCCAUCUUCAGAUCUUGUUGACCUUUUGCUAUCAGAAGCUAAAGAACUGUUAGCGCCAAUCCUCUCCAACAAGGACGCUUUACCGUGUGACAGGGACCAGUGCCUGCCUGCUGAAGGAAUCCCAAAUUACAAGGACCAUCUUCAUCAGAAGACCACGUGGCCCCCUCCUCCAAGCCAGAGCAAGAGUGAACAACCGCAGCCACCAAGUCCAACCAACGAACUGCCUAAGAAGCCAACAUAAAUCCCCCAUGGCUUGCUCGUGCUCCAAACUGGGACUGUCCAUAAUGCAGCUGCUGCUGCGCUGGGCGACGGGAAGGACACGCCAUGGGUGCUUCAGCUUCCAGGCAAACCAGACUAAGAAACGAGCUUUCUACCACGAGACUAAUUCUUCCUAACUACCCAAGACUUUUUCAGCAACCUCCCCUGCGCGUCUACCUCUGAGUAGGCUAUUUGCUCACGGUUUUGCAGCUUUAUAGGAAAAAUCUUCUCAAGAGGCUACAAGGGCCUGGAUUUCACUGGCAGCCUUUUAGAGCUUGUAUUUCUGGGUAGUAGGAGGAGCAUGAACUUACCCAAGAGACUCAGGGGUCUCCAACAGAUUCCUUCUGGUAUUCCAUAUGAAAAACCAAAGUACAUUUAGCGACUGUCAUCAAAGCAGCCUACU